AUGGGUCGUGGACGCGAUAGCCGACAGGCUUGGGACGAACCUGACAGACGCAAUCGCAACGGUGGCGGUGGCCCUCGAGACCGCGAUAGAAAUCGCGAUAGCUAUAGAGACCGCGACAGCAGGCGCGACGAUCGUGAUAGAAGAGGAGACGACCGAGACAGGAGAUACAGGUCCAGAUCCCGCGACAGGCGCGAUAGAGAUCACCGCCCUAGAUCUAGAGACAAUGAAAGAGAUCGCCCUCGCGAAGACCGCGACGGCGGAAGACCACCCAGACGAGACAGAGAUGGCAGGCAGGAUCGAGACGACAGACGGCGCAGGGACGAUGAACGCGGCGACAACAGACCGCCUAGGCGUCGAGACGAUGACGACGAAGCCCAUCAACCACCUCGUGAGAAAGACCGCAGACGAUCAGCCUCUCCGCGCCGGAGCGGCAGCCCGCCACCCUCCCGUCGCGACGGCGACAGAUAUGCAGAAGGCCUACCAACCCGCACAGUAGGAAGAGGAAAGAAAGAGCAGCACACCAUGUCCUUCAAGGUUGGGCGCCACGACUCGCCGCAGGUCGAUAGUGGACGGGACAGCGAGCGUGGAGAGACACCCAUGACGGGACGGGAUGGUCGGCAUGAUAGGGACGAUGAAGAAGACGACGAGCCUGAGCCAGAGAUUGAGGGUGACGAUUUGGCCGCCAUGCAAGCUAUGAUGGGCUUCGGCGGGUUCGGCACGACCAAGGGGCAGAAGAUUGCAGGAAACAACGUUGGCGCAGUGAGGAAAGAGAAGAAGACGGAGUACCGCCAGUAUAUGAACAGACAGGGCGGAUUUAACCGACCACUCAGUCCGAGUAGGUAA